AAACAUACACUGCAAGAACUACUUUGAAGUGCAUUGCUAGAUCGCUGUGCAAGCUUUGCUACAUUCACCAGUGCACAUCUAAGGAUUGAUACCUGUGUUAUAAUUCUGCUCGACUCUGGGAUCACAGCAAUCACCAUUGAGUGAUCAGCAUCGGAACAUGGAAGAAGAUGAUGACUUCAAUCUCGAGGAUGAGCUGGAGCGCGAGUUAGAGGCGGGAAUGGAUGUGGACGAAGAAGACGAGGAGGCUUCAGCAGCAACGCAUGCGGUAGCAGCCACAUCUGCAGCUGUGUCAUCAGGACCUCAGCCCUCAGGCGAGGGAGCUGCAGAUGACCUUACCAGUGCAGUUGCAGCUGUUGAGCUUGGCAAGACUCAAGCGUUUGAUGCAGUUCAGCAGCUGGAGGCACUGAAACAGGAGAGGCAAAGAAAGAACCAGGAGGUGCUCAAGCUGCUGACACCAGAGCAGAUGGAUCGGUAUGAGGCCUUCAGGCGAUCCAAGCUGGCCAAGCCGAGUAUGAGAAAGUUGCUGCACAGCGUGACCGGGCAGGCGCCUCAUAUGAACUCGACCAUCGUCAUGUGCGGCAUAGCAAAGCUCUUUGUGGGCGAUCUAGUGGAGACAGCGAGGAUGGUGGCAGCAGAGAUGGGGGACAAUGGACCGCUGAGGCCAGCGCACCUGCAGGAGGCCUAUCAGAAGUUGGACAGGCAGGGGAAGAUCCCCCACAGCACCAGGAAGCCCCGCCGCAUGCGCAUGCUGUGACAGCCAGUCUUGUCCUCGUACUCCCAUUGAUCAAUGGGAGCACAGGUGCCUAUAGAAAGAGGCUAUAGACUACAGAGACCUGUGCACGUAGUGGCAAUAGACACAGGCUGUAGAUCUGAUCUUUAGCCUAAGUGUUAUCAGAGGUGACAAUGAUUGUUGACAAUUCUUGAACUGAUCUGAACGGUACAUCGCAUGAUGUGUCUCUGCUCCAUGAGGGGACAUCCAGAUACCAUGAAAUCUAGUUCAUGUAACCAGACAAUGCGGAUC